GGCAUUCAGUCGAGGUAAUAUCUCAUGUAGUAGGUCUUUGGCUCCAGCAACAACAUUAUAGAAAAUGCCAAAGCCUCCUGUUCCUGCACCUAGAACUCACUAUCCAAGCCAAACGGACAUAUGCUCAGAUGAUACGAGGAAUCAUGUAAAAGACAUCAUCAGAUCCCUGUCAAGUCAAACGUCAGUCGAAUCCAGUGCUCCGUGGACACAACAUACUACACAUAGCGAUGAGAGCUCACUAAUACGCACAUCUUCAAUCAAGAAGGGUGGUGAAUCAGGUGGGCAAGCUCUACCUAGCAUGGUACAUCCCAGCUCUGUGCCUGUAUCUGACCAAGACAGUGGUGGAGAGACAAUCAAUGUACAGAGGAAUCAUGUAAAAGACAUCAUCAGAUCCCUGUCAAGUCAAACGUCGGUCGAAUCCAGUGCUCCGUGGACACAACAUACUACACAUAGCGAUGAUAUCUCACAAAUACGCACAUCUUCAAUCAAGAAGGGUGGCGAAUCAGGUGGGCAAGCUCUACCUAGCAUGGUACAUCCCAGCUCUGUGCCUGCAUCUGACCAAGACAGUGGUGGAGAGACAAUCAAUGUACAGAGGAAUCAUGUAAAAGACAUCAUCAGAUCCCUGUCAAGUCAAACGUCGGUCGAAUCCAGUGCUCCGUGGACACAACAUACUACACAUAGCGAUGAGAUCUCACGAAUAGGCACAUCUUCAAUCAAGAAGGGUGGCAAAUCAGGUGGGCAAGCUCUACCUAGCAUGGUACAUCCCAGCUCUGUGCCUGCAUCUGACCAAGACAGUGGUGGAGAGACAAUCAAUGUACAGGAUGAGAACCCACUACCAAGCACAUCUUCAAUCAAGAAGGUUGUCAAAUUAGGUGGGCAAGCUCUACCUGGCAUGGUACAUCCCAGCUCUGUGCCUGAACCUGGCCAAGACAGUGGAGGAGAGACGAUCAAUGCACAGGAUAAUGUAAACUACGUGGAAUGCUGCUACUCAAAUGAAUCCGGCAACAAAUCUCCUGAUACAAUGAAUGAUGAUGCAAAAGCAUUCACAAAAAAAGCCAACGAUCUAAAAAAAGAUCUUUGUGUAUAUGUUAACCUCCUAUCUGAGCGAAGUGCAAAUCUGCAGAGUCACAUUAUAGAACUACAGAAGGUGGCUGAUGACAUUGACAAGACCAAUAAGGGGGUGAAGAUAGCACGCAUUACCGGGGGAACUGCAGGGGCAGUUGGAGUCGCAGCUGCUGUUGGAGGUGUCAUACUUUCCCCAUUUACCAUGGGGGCUUCGUUAGCAGUGGCUGCAGUUGGAGUUGGAGUUGCAGCAGCCGGAGGGGUCACUGGAGCUGGAGCUGCCAUCACCAACAAAGUCCACACCAAUAUGGACAGCAAGAAGGUGGAAACAAUCCUGAAAGAACACUCUGCACAGUUAGAGGAAAUUGAGGAAUGUGUAAAAUGUAUUGGCACAAAUAUAGUGUGUUUGAAGGCAUAUAACCUGGCCACAUUAAAAGGGGUGGAUUGGAAUGCAGUGAAAUUGGCUAGAAUGGCACAUAAGGUUGGAGACAGUGUAGGAGUGAUCGGAGCAGUCAACAAGUCCUCAGGUAUGAUUCAAGGCUUCGCGCUGAACUUGGAAGGGUACUUCAGCAAAGAAGACUCCAAGCAACUGAAGAAGGGCUCUGAAGCCAAAUUUGCCAAACAAAUCCGCAGUUUGGCAAUGCAGAUGCAGACCAGCCUUGAUGAGUUGAUGACAUUUCAAGGAAUGGUGAAAUCUGAAGGCAUAUAGAACAUAAUUUGUGCAUAUAUUGGAUAUU